AUGUGGGACUUGUGGGAGAGUCUUCGAUGGUCGACACAUGCCCUGACAAGCCUUGGCGGGAGUUCCGAGUUUUAUUUGGCAGAAUCGGUUGGGUGUGAUGACUGGUCAUUCGGCAUCAGGUGCCGAAGAUCUGUCCAAGGGAGUUCAUUGGGAGAACUUGCUGAUUUGGCGAAUAUGUGUGAAUCGGUGGUGUAUGCCGAUUACCUAUUCAAUGUGGCUCGUAGGGGGGUCAAAUAUGGUACAAACAGGAGUCCCCCAAGUUUCCAAUUGAGAAGGGACUUCUUGGUUGGGGACUUGCUUGUCUUCGAUCUUCGACGUUAUGACCCGGGUAUGAGCAUCUUCUGUGGUAUGUCGAUGGUAAUCAUGUAG